AUGAUGCCAACUUAUAUACAACGGGGUCCCACCAUCUCCAAUCGGGACAUGGGAGAGCUCAUGGCCAGGGACGAUGCCUUCAGCAGAGCGGUUUGGCACAAUGGUGCGAAUUUCUCCUCUCCUGGUGAGGGCGAUGAAGCGACCAUUUUCGUCUCCUCGAGAUCCUCGGAUGGAGCGAGACUUCAGUGCCGUAUGCAAGUCUGCUCCAUGAGCGACAACCGCGGCGCCUACGAGGCCAUCUCGUACACGUGGAUGACGGGGCGGGAGGAAUUCAUCGAAUGCAACGGGAAAGAGGUGAUGGUGGGCGCCAAUCUCUACCUGGCGCUGCGCCGAGUCCGGCGCGAUCGUUCGAAACGAACCGUGUGGGCCGACGCGCUCUGCAUCGACCAGAGCAACGCUCUCGAGCGAAGCCAGCAGGUGGCCGCGAUGGGCAAGAUUUUCCGGAAUGCGUAUAGCGUCCUUGUGGCAUCUUCGAAGGCCUUUGACGGAGUGUGCUCGGUGGUCUCUACAUGGGCGGGGGCGUCGACGUCGGCAGCGGCACACAGGAUGCUGGAGGAAGGGCCUCAGUACCGGAUUCAGGAAGCAGGAACAUGCUCGGGCUCCAUGGGCGACCUGUCGGCCGAGAGCAAGGUGUGGUUGGAGGUGCUGCACUUAUACAAGAGAAGAUGGUUCUCCCGUCUCUGGGUCGUCCAGGAAAUCGCACUGGCGCGGCGGGCCACAGCAAUUUGGGGCGCAUGCGAGAUGUCAUGGGAGUGGAUUGGGCUGGCUGCAUCCAUCAUCCGGACGAACUGGGACCGCUUCGUGCCCGGUUGUCACAAGUCCCAUUCGGAUGAGUCGAGCCGCCUCGUCCCCGUCGGUGUGAUGAAUGCGUACUUUAUGUACAGAAUCUCCCGCCUGCAGAGCUACGUCGACCCCCUCUGCUUCUCCUUUGGCGAGCUCCUUACCCUCACGAGGCAGUUCAAGUGCGAGGACGACCGCGACAAGAUCUUUGGGCUCCUUGGCUUGCCAACAACGGACCAGGUCAAUUCCUACAUUACGCCCGACUACGGCCAGUCCCUUGCGGACGGCUACCGCAGCUUGGCGUCCGCCAUGCUCUGUUCUACCAAGUCUUUGGCCUUCCUGUCUCAUGUCCAUCGCUGGGACAUCACUGACGACACAGAAUCUGGCUCAGCCCUCCCAUCCUGGAUCCCGAAAUGGCAUCUCGUCGGCCCGCAAACCUUGACGCCGCUGGACGCACAUCCGGAUUUCGCCGCUGGUCUGUCGAAAGCCGCCAAGUUCAGGGUCGCACACGACCAAGCGGGCCAUCCGGAUCGGCUCGCCGUCUGCGGCGUCAUGCUCGAAGACGUCAAAGAGCCAAGCAAGCCACAACGGCCCGUCACCCGCAGCGCCCGGUCUCCCUUUGUCCGGUGGACAGGAGGCAUCGAAGACCUUGAAAUGGUUCUGGCCCGGCACCCGCACACAAAACGCAGCCUGGAGAAGCUAGCCAUAACCUUGACGGCAGGCAAGAGCUGGUACGGCCUGCCCAAGGAUCGAGACGGCAUGCUGGCUGACUUUGAUCACUGCCUUAUCGCUGGCUACCUCUGGUGGGCGCUGGAGCCGGAUGCCUUUGGGCUCACCAACGGCACCCGGGCCACAACAGCGGUCUCUGAGACAUCAUCCGCGGGUGGAGAUGGGAACCUGUUCUUGGACGCGGUUGCCACAGCCUGUGUCGGGAGACAGCUAUUCAGAACCGCGUCGAACAUGCGAGGGGUUGGCCCCUUUGAUACGAGGCUGGGUGACAAGGUCCGCGUCAUCUAUGGAUGUCCUGUGCCGUUUGUCAUUUGGCGAUGCCAAGAGAAAGGGGGCUACACGCUUGUGGGCGAGUGUUAUAUCGAUGAUAUAAUGCACUGGGAGGCUGUUGAUGAUGAAAAAUACGAGGAGGUCUGGAUUGACCUCGUCUAGGCUUUCCAAGUGACCUCGUUUCUCGGAAUGGAAGCAGAGCCCUGUUUCCAAGGACAACCCCAGCCGAAUGACGGACAACAACGGGGGAGAUGUCACAAGGAAUCGGGGAAGGGAGUCUGAGACCACGUACCGGGAGCGGCGUUCCUAUCUGGGACUCGAUGGGGUGUGAGCCAAAUAGAAUGGGCGACGCCUUCCGGCCUUUGUCGCCGGCUCCGUUUGCGGCCGUUAUAGAGCCGGCCCCGGUCCGGGAACGCAAACGGGUUCUCGGGCGGCAAAACUUCGGGGCAGGCGUUGGUCUGCGCUUGCUGAGUUAUCAGUUGCUUGCUUGUUUGUUUGUUUAUCAUUAGCGUCCGGAGCUCGGUCCGCGAGGCGGCCCGGCUAUAUGCUGUCUGGGUAGGAAGGGACGUACUGAGCAAUCUACACUGGCAAACGCGCCAUUAAGGGGCC